UGUUUCGCAUAAUAUCGAAAGUAGUUCUAGUCUCAACCGACGAGUUGAUAGAUUUAAUAAAAAUAUCUAUCUUGGUCUAAAUUGCCCUUUGAGAUCCAGAUCAAGUUGUCAAAAUGAGCUGUUUAAACAUUUUUCUUUUCACGCCGGGAACAGUUUGGAAGACAAAAAAAUGUAUCUGAACAGUGAAUACCCAGAAUCGUCUGUGUGGGAGGGGCCUACGCAACAUCAACGGUUGGAGGGACUACCUAACAACAACGACAGGUAAAGGUAUGUUAAAUCCUGAUGAUGGUGUUGGGGUAAGGAUGGAUCAUGUGGAUACAAGAGGGCUGAAAAAGGAUGAUAAAGACAUCUUACUGGAUCUUUCACAUGAAAAUAGCUUUGCAGACAGGGAAACACCUCAUUCACCUGUCGUAGCAUGUCACGAAGAAAUUGAAUCAAUGACAUCAAGCUCUACCAUAUCGUCGUAUGCAGACGAUCAGAUGGUCUCACUAUCAGCUGACUUGUCUCCUGCUGCGUGUCCCCCAGACCUCGUGUCUUCUUUGUCGACAGACCCCGGCUCUGUCGUUUGUUGCCCACUUCCAGAUAAUUCUGUAUGUUCUCCUCCCCCGGAUGCUGCACUGACGUGGGAGCCCGCUGAGCUGAGCAUGACAGACAAAGAGAAGCAGAGACGUGAAAAAGUUCGGCAGAAGAAGUUUCUCCAGAGACAGAAUCUGGACUUCAAAGAACGUGAAAGAGAGAAGGCAAGAAGACGAAUGAAGGCUUUAAGAGAAGACCCCACUUUCCGCUUCCAUGAGCGACAGAGAGACAGGGAGAGGAGGAAGAAUGCGCGGUUGAUCAACCAGGCGCAGCGUGCGCAGGAGCGAGAGAGAGACCGGAUGAGGAAGUCUGUUCUGCGCGCAGUCUGCGGGAGGAAAUCUGGGGAGCAGGUCAUGCUGUCUGACCUCUGUGUCAUAGGUCACGACCUUGACGGAGACGACGACAGUGACCUGUGUGCUCACCAUGCUGAUGACAGUCCAGGGUCAUCUGGUGCAUUGAACAUCAUGUGACCAAGCAUGUUUGAUGUCUUGUGAUCCAGUUGGUUUGAUGUCAUGCACGUGAUCCGGUGCGUUUGAUGUCAUGUGACCUGAUACGCUUGAUGCCAUAUGUGAUGAAUAAUGUCAUGUGACUCAGUAUGAAUAAUGUCAUGUGACUCAGUAUGAAUAAUGUCAUGUGACUCAGCAUGAAUGAUGUCAUGUGACUCGGUAUGUUUAAUGUCAUAUGACUCAGUAUGUUUGUUGUCAUGUGACUCAGUGUUUAAUGUCAUGUGACUCAGUAUGAAUAAUGUCAUGUGACUCAGCAUGAAUAAUGUCAGUGGGUGGUUGGUGGGUGCCCUGGUGUUGUCUUUCCUAUCAAACAUCUAUCGUCCUUAUCUCCCCCUUCUUCUUUUUUAUGUUUGUUACUCUCUUGUAACGCCUCUAAAGUUCUGGCGCUCAUAUGACCUUAUGCCGUUGCGAGUGCCGUAAAGCCUCUACUAAAACUGAAAGAAUAAUGUCAUGUGACUCAGUAUGUUUGAUGUCGGGUGACUCAGUAUGAAUUAUGUCAUGGGACUCUGUAUAUUUGACGACGUGUGAUUCAGUAUGCUUGACAUAUGACCCUGUCAGUGUGACGCCAUAUGACAAAGUCCUCUCUGCAAAUCACACCUACAUUAGAUAUCAUGUGAUCACAUAUCAAAUACAUUGUGUAUAUUUAUCUAGUUUAUAAUCAAAUAUAAUAUGGAGAUCUA